CUCCUUGGCGUAUUGCCGGAUCCUAACGUUAGCCACCCAGAAGUAUCACGUGAGCAUCAGAUUCAACAUCAGAUUCGACCUUGACAGCUUCAUCUCGAGGAAACAUGUACCAUUCACGUCCCCGUGGAACCCCAUAACCGACAAUUUGCCGUGAUCAAGCGCUCACUUCUCAAUUCGAGUGCCCGUUAGUCUAGAAUUAACCUCCUGCACAUCUCACACCGACUCAUACGACCGUUUGACCUGAUGAGCGGCCUGGGCCCCAAACGUUAAAGUUGCCAAAACCAUAACAACCACAUCCCCAACGGCUCUUAAACUUUCCCGCUCAGCAUUCCCGUGAUUGGGACACACUGGGGCGUCACGAUGAAGAAGAAUUUUGCGCCGAGCGCGCCGUAUUCGCGCAGAGCACCGAGCCCCCCAGCGCUGGAGGUGCGCUAUCCGCUGAUGAGGAGGAGGGCAGGCUCAGAGGCCCAAUUCGUGCUGGUGCCCUCGUACGAGAACGCCGAUGCGGGCCAACUCACAGCGGAGGACAUCAGUAUCAUCACUGGAAAUGAAACACGGCUCAUCGCAGAGAACAAAUCGGCAGAUUGGAGAUACGAAGAUCGGAGGAAAGCUCAGCGCGUACUCGAUUUUCUAUACGUUGGACCCGUCACGGCCAUACGAGAUCUCGAAUUCUUACAGAACGAGGGCAUCACCAUGAUCAUCAUAGUCCGUAACACUCGACUACCAUCACGCAGCUUGGAGAUGGCAUCACAGCAACUUGGCAUUGUUGGGGAAUACGUUGAAGUCAUGGGCACGCAGCAGCUCAUAAACAGCCUGCCCGACACGAUCAGCGCCAUAAAUCAGCAUCUACUUCACGUCUACCGCUCCCAAGCCCGUCAACGUACCUUGGAUGGCGAAAUGGUGGUGGACCCGUCAAACUUCAAGCGAGGAAAGGUACUCGUGACCUGUGAAUCCGGGAAUGAGCUGUCACCCGCCAUAGUCGCUGCGUACAUCAUGGCAGUGUACGGUAACAGCUUUGAGAGCGCCGUGCAAUUCAUCGGGGUGCAGAGAUUCUGCGUCAGCAUCGACGCUAGCUUGAAGCAAAUGCUGUGUACCUGGGGCGGAAUACUAAUCGCCAGGGCAAUGGUCUCCAGGGAUCGAGGUCCCGUAGGGAAUGGGGCGGAUGCCCGGCCGAUCAAGACAGCCAAGCGAGGCAUCCACGACACCAUCAGCCCCGAGGACCACGCACUGGACCAGGACAAAAGUCACAUGCAGGAUCGAGAAAGAUUCUGCGGCAGAGAAGCGUUCGCGCCGUUCCGCGACUUGGCCCCCGAAAGCUAAAGAAGAUGCGGAAGACUGCUCAGUAUACCUUUAGUGUCCAAAGUCAAACUGGAUCCAAGAAUAUUAAGUUCAUGGACGAGGACCCUGGAAUUGCCAUCUUGUAUAAAACGGUAGGCCGGCCU